CUAAAAAAACCCGGGGAAAACAACAAGCUCAAACGGCUCUGUUCCAGUCUAUCGUCGAGAAGACUCCAUGAAAAAUGCAUGAUCCAUCAGAAAAUGGUCUGUUUGGAACUCCUAAUUAUGACAAUCUGGAGGAUGAGUCCUUUCCCCCUCUUCCACCACCUUUGUCCCCUGGAGAUGGAAAUUUUGAAGAGGACCCACUGGGCACUGGAGAUGGUGAGAUGUCCAAGUUACCUGAUGUUCCAGUUGCUAAAAGGAGAACAGUUAAAAGACCCCAGCCUAAACUUGACUCCAUGAGGCUGCUCUCUGAUCGAGGACUUCCAGCCUUACGGACGUUAUUUGCUGAUGUCAAAUUUAAGGGCAAAGGCCAUGAGGCUGAGGAUCUUAAGAUUCUAAUGCAGAAAAUGGAAAACUGGGCUCACAGACUCUAUCCAAAGCUACAGUUUGAGGACUUUAUUGACAGACUGGAGGUUCUAGGAGGCAAAAAAGAAGUACAAACGUGUCUAAAACGAAUACGUUUGGACAUGCCUCUGACACACGAGGAUUACGGUGGAAACAACGAACAUGCUGAAGCAGAAGGCCACAUGCAGGAAGACGAAAAUCCGUUUGGAGAUGGUUUCUCUGAAGAUCCAUUUAUCCAUUCCACUCCCGCCCCUGCAGCAGUAACUCUUACCGAGGAGCAGCAGCAACGGAUUGAACAUAACAAACAGAUAGCUCUGGAGAAAAGGCUGGCUCGACAAAAACAAAUGGAAUCAUCACAGUCAACUUUCCCGGAUGAUCUGGUUACCAGUCCUACAGCGCACAACCUCAGUCAGGAUGACCACACAGACCUAAAUCAAACCCCAGCAGAAACCGAGACACCGCUCAAACAGAAACCAGCCGUGUCUCAAAGCCCCCCUCUUAACGAAUCCGACAGAUCAGUUCCGCAGCUAACAAAUGGCAUCAUUGAUGAUGAUAGCGACUGAUCUGCCAAUCUUUUGUAUAUGCAGGUAAUUCAUUGGAGUCGGCACAAACUGCAGCUGAUAAACCAUGACGUUCUAUCUAAGCUCCAAAUGAACCAGGAGAACAGAUGGCUUCUACUGAAACAUAAACCAUUAACUACCUACUUUCAUACCUAUUAAAACAUUGACUACAGAUGUUUCAGACAGUUCAGCUCUAACAAAAUGUGCACAUGAGACUUCAUUCAAAGUGAUUUUAAGGCACACUGUGAAGGUUUAAGAUCAAUUCCAAUUUAAAGUUAUGUUGUUGCUACUUUUAGAUUGUCCUGGUAAAAACUGUAACUAACCGUUUUGUAAAGUUUUAUAUCUCAAAUUAAAUGAAGA